AUGGCACAAGACGUAGACAGCACCGGGAGUCGACUUCUAAACGCAAUACUUUUAGGAAAGGCAAGACAAAUCAGUUCUCUGCUUGAUCAGAACGUUGACGUCGAUGUGAGGGAUGAUGAAGGACGAACGCCUUUGAUAUACGCCGUCUGCUGUGACAUUGAUGACGUCAGAACGCACGUUGUACGGCUGUUGUUGCGUAGCAACUGUUACAUCAACGCACAAGACAAUACUGGGUGUACAGCACUCAUGUACGCAUGUAUGGAGGCUGAUAGGGUGGAUGUUGUAAGACUGAUUGCCAGGAACAAAUCAUGUAACCCUAAUCUUCAGGACUUCGAGGGUUACACAGCAGUAAUGCACGCGGUCGCCGCGUCGAAUCCUCAAGGUCUGAAGACCUUAAUUAGCUCGUCUGCAACAAAAACCGCAGUAGAUUUAAACAUAAAAAAUAAAAAUGGAAUCACUGCUCUCGAACUGGCUGUCAAACUGCAGUUGUUUGACUGUUGUAAAGUGUUGACGACAGAUGGUGCUAGUGGCCGUGGUACUAACAAUGUUCGGGACAAAAAGGGGCUGAAUUUAAUUUUAGGACGCGAAGCAUCUGUGAUGUCACAAAGAGGUAACUUGUUGCUCACUCCGACACUUCAUGUUCCCGGGUUUUCUCCACGUGGUGGAUAUGCUUCCCGAAAUGCAACACCAGUCCCGAACUGGUCGCGACAAAAUUCGUCUUACGAUAAUAACGGCGUUGAACACUGGCAAGGGUUAAGGCAUGAAAGAGUCCAUUCCUCAAACGAUGGUCCUUGGGUUGACAGCCCUAGACGGAUUAAACGAACUUUAACACCAAUAUCACGAGAGGACAAACUUUCUGUUGCGUUUGAACCAGAAUCUCCAAUGUUUGGAAACAAAAUGAGAUUACCUAGCAUCCCCAGUGGAAAGAGAUUGUGUCUAGUUUCAAAUCAAAAUAGUUUUGACUUUAGUAAUAACGGUGAGAGUCUUUGA